AUGAGAACUAACAAGUCCUAUAAGCUGCUGCUCCAUAAGAAGGGCUUUGGUGGAAGCGACGAUGAACUUGUGGUCAACCCAAAGGUUUUCCCUCAGGUCCGUCUGGGGGACAUCAUCGAGAUCGCACACCCCACGGACGAGUACAGUCCUCUCCUGCUGCAAGUUAAAAGCCUGAAAGAAGAUCUGCAGAAAGAGACCAUCAGUGUGGACCAGACCGUGGCUCAGGUCUUCAAACUGCGGGCGUACCAGGAUGUCAUCGUCAGCAUCGUGGAUCCAAAGGAUGUGACUCUGGACCUCGUGGAGCUGACGUUUAAAGACCAGUACAUCGGCCGCGGAGACAUGUGGAGGCUCAAGAAGAGUCUGGUGAGCACUUGUGCCUAUGUGAGCCAGAAAGUGGAGUUUGCCGGGAUCAGAGCCCAGGCCAGUGAGCUGUGGGUCAAAGGAGAGAAGGUGACGUGUGGAUACAUCAGUGAAGACUCCAGGGUGGUGUUCCGGUCCACGUCUGCCAUGGUCUACAUCUUCAUCCAGAUGAGCUGCGAGAUGUGGGACUUCGACAUCUAUGGAGACCUUUAUUUUGAAAAGGCGGUGAAUGGCUUCCUGUCUGAUCUUUUUACUAAAUGGAAGGAGAAAAACUGCAGCCAUGAAGUCACCGUGAUCCUGUUUUCCCGCACUUUCUACAACGGCAAAUCUCUAGAUGAAUUCCCAGAAGCUCUGAGAGGAUCCAUUCACCAGGACCAUGAAGGACGCUUCUGUGAGGACUUCUACAGAGUCGUGGCUCAGAACGAGAGGCGAGACGAGUGGACCUCUCUCCUGGUCACCAUCAAGAAGUUGUUCAUCCAGUAUCCAGUCCUGGUGCGGCUCAAAGAAGCAGAUGGGUUUCCUGUCGGUUAUAACUCCUCGGCUGUUCAAGGAAACUACCUGGAGGCCAUAAAUCUGUCUUUUAACGUAUUCGACAAACACUACAUCAACCGUAACUUCGACCGCACGGGGCAGAUGUCGGUGGUGAUCACGCCGGGGGUCGGAGUGUUCGAAGUGGACCGUCUGCUCAUGAUCCUCACCAAACAGAGGAUGAUCGACAACGGCAUCGGUGUGGACCUGGUCUGUAUGGGAGAGCAGCCUCUUCACGCCGUGCCGCUGUUUAAGCUUCACAACAAACCAACUCCUGGAGAUUCUCGAGUUGGAGACGAUUACAACCUGCCUCAUUGGAUCAACCACAGCUUUUACACAUCCAAAAACCAGAGCCCGUGCAGUUCCUUCACUCCUCGCAUCAAACUGGCAGCAAGAAAAUUUCACGCAGACAGGAUGAAGAGCCACAGGGAGCACACUCUGUGUGUUCAGAAAGAGCCGGAGAACAGCCUGCCCAUCCAGGUGGACUACGACGCCCACGAUGCCCAGGUGUUCCGCCUCCCAGGACCGGCCCGAGUGCAGAGGCCCUCGCACUUCAGGUUAGGCCGUGAGCGAGAGGGCAGUGCGCGGCGGAGCUGGGGGUCUGUGGAGGUGGCGGGGGGGAUGGGGGUGUCUCCUCCGGUGCGGUCCACAGAUGAGCAGCGCAGUCUGGCCUCUGACGACAGCCUCGGCCCUGUGUCCAACAUGCUGCUGAUCCCACGUCUGCAGGGAGUGGGGCAGUACGAGGUCAGCAGCUCUCUGGGAUACACCAGCACCAGAGACCUGGUGGAGAAGAUGCUGGACUCCCAGAGGGACAGCAGUGCUCCUGGACGCUUCACCGUGGGCAGUGCUGAGUCCACUCUCCACAUUCGUCCCGGAGGCUACACCCCCCAGAGGGCCCUCAUCAACCCCUUCACCCCGUCCCGGAUGCCCAUGAAGCUCACCUCCAACCGCCGCCGCUGGAUGCACACCUUCCCCGUCGGACCCUCCGGAGAGGCCAUCCAGAUCCACCACCAGACCAGACAGAACAUGGUGGAGCUUCAGGAAGAGCGAGACCCCGCCCACACGUCUGCAGAGCUGCUGGAGCUGGCCUAUCACGAGGCCACAGGCAGGAGAACCACGCUGCGUCACGGAGAGAACGGGCUGCACUUCGGAGUCGUGGAGGAGUUCACCGGGAGUCCAGGGAGUCAGGCCAGCGAUCAUUUCUUGACCGUGUCGUCUGCAGGAACCUUGACAAACCGCGGCUCCUUUGAUAACUUCUCUCUGAGCGGCAGUGAUCCGAUCUUGGUGCUGUCUGCGCCUCCGACAGUGCCUAGUUUCUGCUGCACGGUGGGAGUGGACUGGAAGAGCCUGACCACGCCCGCCUGCCUCCCCCUCACCACUGACUACUUCCCCGAGAGGCAGGCGCUGCAGAACGACUACACCGAGGGCUGCUACGACCUGCUCCCUCACAGCGACCUCGACAGGCGUGAGGACGAGGCUCCGUCCAUGAGUGCGUCUCAGGUCUUUGAGGAGUUCAUCUGUCAGCGGCUGAUGCAGGGAUAUCAGAUCAUUGUGCAGCCCAACAGGAAGAGCCAGCCCAGCGCCGCCCCCCCCCUCGGCAGCAGCCCGCUCUACUCCAGAGGUUUGGUGUCGAUGCGCCGCAUGGAGGACGAGGAGACCGUGUUCUGGCUGAGCAUGGGCCGGACCUUCCACAAAGUCUGCCUCAAGGACAAGAUCAUCACCGUGACGCGCUACCUGCCCAAAUACCCGUAUGAAACAGCCCAGAUCAGCUACAGCUACAGCCUGUGCCCCCCGCAGCCCGAGGCCCAGUUCGUCUGCUGCUGGGUGGAGUUCGGACACGAGCGUCUGGAGGAGUACAAGUGGAACUACCUGGACCAGUACAUCUGCUCCGUGGGCUCAGAGGACUUCAGCCUGAUCGACUCGCUGAAGUUCUGGAGAACGCGCUUCCUGCUGCUGCCUGCAGGGGGAGCGCGGCGCGUGGGGGACAUGGAGGGGCCUUGGGACGUGUACGGAGACGGGCCCGGUGUGGGGACCAACGGGGAGGGGGCUCUGCUGGACGGCUUUAUCCGAUUCGUGGAGGGUCUGAACCGCAUCAGGAGACGGCACCGCUCCGACCGCAUCAUCAGGAAGGGAACCCCCCUGAAGGUGACGGCGCCCCUCCCCUCCUACCCCCCUGAGCCUGUGGCCCCUCCCCCGGGAAAGAAGGGGACCUCAGCCCUGUCCGCUCUGCUGGAGAUGGACCAGAAUCACAAGUCUCUGGAAGAGCAGCAGUCCAAGCCCCCUCCUGUGACCCCGGACCCCCCAGCGGUGUCUGUGGCCCCCUCGUAUUUGGACAGCCCCCGCAAGGACGGUGCCUUUAUAUUUGACUUUAUUCGAAGUCCGCGCUCCUCGUACGUCCCCCACUCUCAGCCAGUCCCUGAAGCCUCGGACAGUGCAGAUAGAGCAGGACUUCAGACCCAGACCUCUGAGACUGGAUCCACAGACCCCAGUUUAGCCUCAAACGGCGUCCUCUCUCUCUCUUCUUCGCCGACGUCUCUGGAGAUUCUCGACGCCAUCAAACAUCCAACGACCGGGGUCCACCUGCUGCCGGAGCAGAAGGGGCUGCCUCCAAACUGCUUCAUCAGUGCAGAGGUGGUUCAUUGGCUCGUCAACAACGUGGAGGGCGUGGCCACUCAGGGCAUCGCCGUGGACAUCAUGCAGAAAAUGCUGGAGGAGGGGUUGGUGGCUCACGCCUCCGGAGACGCCAUGCGAACCUUUGUCUACGGAUUCUACUUUUACAGAAUCGUAGGAGAAAAGGACGCCUCGCAGAUCGCCCCCUCUGCUGCUGGAGGCUGGUCGUCCGCUGCCCUCGAGGACCUGACGUUGUUCCAGAGGAAGUGGUUUGAGGUGGCCUUCGUCCUGGAGGAGCGCAGACCAUGUGACCUGCCAGCCUUCUUGUUGCCGUGGUUACCCAGCAGGCCCGCCUCCUACGCAAGUAGGCACAGCUCUUUCAGCCGCAGCUUUGGAGGACGCAGCCAGGCCGCCGCACUGCUAGCCGCCACCGUCCCGGAGCAGAAGACCGUGACUCUGGACGUGGACGUGAACAACCGCACGGACCGCAGCGAGUGGUGCAGCUGCUACUACCACGGAAACUUCUCUCCCAACUCCGCCUUUGAGAUCAAGCUGCACUGGAUGGCCGUCACCGCCGCUGUGCUCUUCGAGAUGGUGCAGGGCUGGAGCAGGAAGGCGGCCUCCUGUGGUUUCCUCCUGGUGCCCGUGUUGGAGGUGCCCUUCGCUCUCACCUCAAACCUGUACGGAGACCCCUUCAGGACUCACCUGUUCAUCCCACUGCACACACACUGUCUGCUGCAGAACCACACCGACAACCUGUUCGAAGGCUUCGAGCCGGAGUCGUACUGGGACCGCAUGCAGCUGUUCCAGGAGGCCAUUCUCUACAGGUUUGGUUUCGUUAACGACAAGUUCUCAGCCUCGGCCUUCAGCUUCCCCUCAGAGAACAGGCCGCAGUACAUCCACGUCACAGGCACCGUGUUCCUGCAGCUGCCUUUCUCCAAACGCAAAUUCACCAACGCUCCUCAACGCCGCCGCCGCAACUCCACGGCGUCCGGAGGCCAGGCGGGGGUGGGCGGGGCCGCGGGGGGGGAGGAGCGGCCCGGGUUCUACUGGGCCUACAACAGCAUGCUAACCAAGGCCUGGAGGGGGGGCGCGCUGGGGGACGAGCGGCUAGCCGACCGCCUGCUCCGGGACUUCACCGACUUCUGCGCCAACAAGGACCAGCGCCUCAGACUGUUCUGGAACAGCUGCGUGGACAAGAUGAACGCCAGCGCCCCCUGA